CGCCAUUUGCCAGCGGCGGGGCGCGGGAGCGCGGGCGCUUGUCCAGUGGGUAGCUGUCGCCUUCGCCGACGCUCUAGGCUCUCGCCGCCGCCCUGGCCUGGACUCACUCCCCGCCGAGGCGGCCGGCAGCGCAGCGCUCUGAGGGCGGCAGGUGCGGCCCCGAGGGUCCCCUUACGGCGCCCGGCCGCGGUCCUCCGAGGACCCGAGCCCGUGGGCCGCCGCGAUGGCCCUCAAGAUGGUCAAGGGCAGUAUAGACCGCAUGUUCGACAAGAACCUGCAGGACCUGGUUCGCGGCAUCCGCAAUCACAAGGAGGACGAGGCAAAAUACAUCUCUCAGUGCAUCGAUGAAAUCAAACAGGAACUGAAGCAAGACAAUAUCGCUGUGAAGGCUAAUGCUGUCUGCAAGUUGACAUAUUUACAGAUGUUGGGGUACGACAUCAGCUGGGCCGCCUUCAACAUCAUCGAAGUGAUGAGUGCCUCCAAGUUCACGUUCAAGCGCAUCGGCUACCUCGCUGCCUCCCAGUGCUUCCACGAGGGCACAGAUGUCAUCAUGCUGACCACAAACCAGAUCCGCAAGGACCUGAGCAGCCCCAGCCAGUACGACACAGGAGUGGCACUGACUGGUCUAUCCUGUUUUGUCACCCCAGAUCUUGCCAGAGACCUGGCAAAUGACAUCAUGACACUGAUGUCGCACACCAAACCGUACAUCAGGAAGAAGGCCGUGCUGAUCAUGUACAAGGUGUUUCUCAAGUACCCCGAGUCACUACGGCCUGCCUUUCCCCGCCUCAAGGAGAAGCUGGAGGACCCUGACCCUGGGGUCCAGUCAGCAGCUGUCAAUGUUAUCUGUGAGCUGGCUCGGCGUAACCCCAAGAACUACCUAUCCCUGGCUCCACUGUUCUUCAAGCUCAUGACAUCCUCUACCAACAACUGGGUCCUCAUCAAGAUCAUCAAACUGUUUGGUGCCCUGACCCCUCUGGAGCCAAGGCUGGGCAAGAAGCUGAUCGAGCCUCUCACCAACCUCAUCCACAGCACGUCUGCCAUGUCCCUUCUCUACGAGUGCGUGAACACUGUGAUCGCAGUGCUCAUCUCUCUGUCCUCCGGGAUGCCCAACCACAGUGCCAGCAUCCAGCUCUGUGUUCAGAAAUUAAGGAUACUGAUAGAAGACUCCGAUCAGAACCUUAAGUACCUGGGGCUGUUGGCCAUGUCAAAGAUCCUGCGGACGCACCCCAAGUCCGUGCAGUCCCACAAGGACCUCAUCCUGCAGUGCCUGGACGACAAGGACGAGUCUAUCCGGCUGCGAGCCCUCGACCUGCUCUACGGGAUGGUAUCCAAGAAGAACCUGAUGGAGAUUGUCAAGAGGCUGAUGACCCAUGUGGACAAGGCUGAGGGUACCACCUACCGCGAUGAGCUGCUCACCAAGAUCAUCGACAUCUGCAGCCAGUCCAACUACCAGUACAUCACCAACUUCGAGUGGUACAUCAGUAUUCUGGUGGAACUGACAAGGCUGGAGGGGACCCGCCAUGGCCACCUCAUCGCUGCACAGAUGCUGGAUGUGGCCAUCCGUGUGAAGGCCAUCCGCAAGUUCGCUGUGUCCCAGAUGUCCGCACUGCUCGACAGCGCCCACCUUGUUGCCAGCAGCACCCAGCGGAAUGGGAUCUGUGAGGUGCUGUACGCCGCUGCCUGGAUCUGUGGGGAGUUCUCAGAGCAUCUGCAGGAGCCCCCCCAGACCCUGGAGGCCAUGCUGCGACCCAAGGUGACCACGCUGCCUGGCCACAUCCAGGCGGUAUACGUGCAGAACGUAGUGAAGCUGUACGCGUCCAUCCUGCAGCGUCGAGAGCAGGCGUCGGAGGCCGAAGCGGCACAGGAGGUGACACAGCUCAUGGUGGAGCGGCUGCCACAGUUCGUACAGAGCGCUGAUCUGGAGGUGCAGGAGCGGGCGUCCUGCAUCUUGCAGCUGGUCAAGCACGUGCAGAAGCUGCAGGCCAAGGGUGUGCCCGUGGCGGAGGAAGUAAGCGCUCUCUUUGCUGGGGAGCUGAACCCAGUGGCCCCCAAAGCCCAGAAGAAAGUGCCAGUCCCCGAAGGUCUGGACCUUGACGCCUGGAUCAAUGAACCACCCUCAGACAGUGAGUCUGAGGAUGAGAAGCCCAAGGCCAUCUUCCAUGACGAGGAGCAGAGGCAGGCCCGGCACCGCCACCCUGAAGUAGAUGAGGAGGAGCUGGCUCGGCGACGAGAGGCCCGGAAACAGGAGCAGGCCAACAACCCCUUCUACAUCAAGAGCUCCCCCUCCCCACAGAAGCGGUACCAGGAUGCGCCGGGAGUGGAGCACAUCCCUGUGGUGCAGAUCGACCUUUCUGUGCCCUUGAAGGUCCCAGGCAUGCCCAUGUCCGACCAGUAUGUGAAGCUGGAGGAGGAGCGUAGGCACCGGCAGCGACUAGAGAAGGACAAGAAGAAGCGCAGGAAGAAGGAGAAGGAGAAGAAGGGCAAGCACCGCCGCCACAGCUCGCUGCCCACUGAGAGCGAUGAGGAUAUCGCCCCUGCCCAUCAGGUGGACAUUGUCACCGAGGAGAUGCCCGAGAACGCUCUGCCCAGUGACGAGGAUGACAAAGACCCCAAUGACCCAUACAGGGCUCUGGACAUUGACCUAGACAAGCCGUUGGCAGACAGCGAGAAGCUUCCUGUUCAGAAACACAGAAACGCCGAGACCUUGAAGUCUCCUGAGAAAGAGGAUGUCCCUGUGGUAGAAAAGAAGAGCAAGAAACCCAAGAAGAAAGAAAAGAAGCACAAAGAGAGGGAGAAAGAGAAGAAAAAAGAGAAGGAGAAGAAGGCCGAGGACUUGGAUUUCUGGCUCUCCACCACCCCACCCCCUGCCGCUGCCGCUGCCCCUGCCCCCAUCCCAUCCACGGAAGAGCUCAGUGUAAAUGCAGCCACCGCCUCCGAGGACACCUGUGAGGGACCCAAGGGAGAAGAGGCAGAGGACGAGGACUAUGGCACAGAGCAGGACCCAGAGAGGAAAUCCUCCAGGCAUAAGAAGAAACACAAGAAGGAGAAGGCAGAGAGGCCCAAAGAUAAGAAGAAGGUUAAGAAGAAGCAGCCAGAGCCCGAGGAGGAAGCGGCAGCUGCCAGGCUGGUGGACAAUGGCGCCGCAGAGGAGGAGCCCAUCCCGCCCAUGUCCAGCUACUGCCUCCUCGCAGAAAAUUCCUACAUCAAAAUGACGUACGACAUCCAGGCCAGCCUGCAGAAGGACAGCCAGGUCACUGUGUCCGUCAUCCUGGAGAACCAGAGCAGCAGCUUCCUCAAGAACAUGGAGCUCAACGUGCUGGACUCGCUCAACACUAAGAUGGCCCGGCCGGAAGGUUCCUCCGUGCACGAUGGGGUCCCUGUGCCUUUUCAGCUGCCCCCAGGUGUCUCCAAUGAAGCGCAGUUCGUGUUCACCAUCCAGAGCAUCGUCAUGGCCCAGAAGCUUAAGGGCACCUUGUCCUUCAUUGCCAAGGACGCCAACGGGGCCACACAUGAGAAGCUGGACUUCAGGCUGCACUUCAGCUGCAGCUCCUACCUGGUCACCACACCCUGCUACAGCGAUGCCUUUGCCAAGCUGCUAGAGUCUGGAGACCUGAGCAUGAGCUCCAUCAAAGUUGACGGGAUCAGUAUGUCUUUCCAGAACCUUCUGGCAAAGAUCUGUUUUCACCACCAUUUUUCUGUGGUGGAGCGAGUGGACUCCUGUGCCUCCAUGUACAGCCGCUCCGUUCAGGGCCACCACGUCUGCCUGCUGGUGAAGAAGGGCGAGCACUCGGUGUCCGUGGACGGCAAGUGCAAUGACUCCACACUGCUGAGCAACCUGCUGGAGGAGAUGAAGGUGACGCUGGCCCAGUGCUGAGAGUCACCGAGCCUCGCGGAGGACGCCCCUGUGGGCAGGUGCACAGACAUGCAGAUGGGCACUCCUGGCCUCUUUGUCCUGUGUACUGUCCCAUGUCACAGCAUUAAUUCCACCGUCGUCCACUGUGCAGACACCCGAGGUCCGUGUUGCUUUGACAUAUCUUAGUUUGGUUGUCCACCGUCUUUCUGGAGGCCCUGGCCAGCCCCUCAGCAGGGCUCCCCCAGCUCUGCCACAGGGGCCCAAAGGGAGCAGUAAAACCCCCGGGCCGGGACCUGAUGGGCACCAGGGUGCUCCGCAGACAGGGCAGGGCUCUUGGAGCCCCUGCUGGCUGCUUUUGCCCCAGCCGUCCUGACCGGUGGCAUCUGCAGGAAGGUGAUAAGUGACUGUCACUGAGCUGCUGUCCCCUGAGCCUGUGGUGGCAUUAUCCACUGUCCGUGUGCUUGGGGGCUGUUGGCCCCCAGGUCCAGGAUCCGGCCACAGGCUCAGCCAUGCAGAGUUGCUGGCAGAGGGCGGGGGCCCUGGUUCUCUCAUUCACAGAAGCAGGUCUGUGAGGGCUGGUGGGGGUGUGGGCAGUACUACACGGCUCCCUGCCCCAAGCUCAUCAUCAGUGCACCACAAGGCUUGUGUCUUUGUGACGUCCAGGUGGGACUGGGAGUGCCAUAGGGGAGGACGCAGCUGCUGUGUCCCCUGGCCGGAUCCCAAAACGCCAUCUCCAGUGCAGCAGCCGCUGGCAGGGUGAGAACCCUUCCAGUCUCUCCAGACUUUCCUCAGAGAUGAUGCUGUCAAUGGCGUUCUACCUGUUCCUUUUGAUGACAAUUGUCACUUUAGCAUGUAGAGUAAUCUAUUACAGAAUCCUGUGCUGUGAUUCUAGAACUCUGAAAUUGUAUGAUGUGUUACAUAAUUAUUUGCUAUUGACAUUCCCGUAUAAAGAAAAAAGACAUAUCACACUGCUGUAAUGAUUUUUGUGUCAAGAUGAUCAAUAAAGUUGCAGAACAGAU